UAUUCGUUUAAAGUAUUUAGAUUUUGUUGAUUCUAAACAAAUUUAUCUAAACUCAAUUUGUCUUUUUUUUUCCCAUGGAAUUAGGAUUUUUUUUAUUGUUUUUUUUAUCUAGUUAAAAGAAUAUUCUCCUAAUUAAUUUAAUCUAAGCUAGAGUCAUCAAUAAUGAAACCAUCAAAAUUUCCCAAAAUCAUUUGCUUGAAAAGUAAAAGAACAAAAACCCCUUCACUCACUUUCUCUCUCCCCUUACUCGUGAUCCUCUCCCUCCUCUUCACUUGACUCUCCUCCACCGUCACCCCACCGCACCGCCAGCGCCGCCAAUAUACUCCUCUCCCCUCCUCAGCGCUGCUGAUGCGCUGUGUUGCCGGUGUUGUUGUUGAUCUGCUCAUGUCGGUCUCCUUGCUCCGCCCCUCCCUCUCGCGUGUCAUCCGUACAACCACCGCCGACGGUGGCCUUAAAUGGUCGUCGUCGAUAUUCCAUCACUCAAUGGGUAAUCUAUCUAACUCCUCUUUGUAAAUUGAUUGAGCUAAAUAAGUAAAACCCAAAUAAACAAAACCCUAACUUUCUCUUCUUUGGUUUUCUCUCCUCUUGUUCGGUGCAACACUCCCUCCGUUGUAGUCGUGCUGUGGUGGUGUGGUGAUGCCACCGAUGGGGUUUCCUUGCUAUCUUUCUCCUCCGCUCUCCCCUGCAUGUUCAGUCCUCUCCUCUCCUCCCUGCUCGCCGGAGCUCCGUGGCUGCCGUCGGAGCUGCGGUUACUGUUGUGGUUGCUGAUUAAGUUGAUUGAUCUAGCAUAGUUGAUCUCUCCAUUCCUCCUUAUUCUUCCAAUUAAAUUAAGGGAAUACUUCAAGAUCAAUUCCUGUAUCAUUGACUUCAAUUUAGCUUAGUUAGAUUGCAAUAAUUUAUUGGAAUCAAGUUGUCAAAUAAAGUAUAUGAAAAUAAUUUCAGUUAUUUGUUAAGUAAUUUCGAUUAAAUCAGUGGACAAUUCAAGUUAUUAUUUUCUUUGAGAGGAUUCUUCUAAAAUGAUGGUGUAAUUAAGAUUUCUAUUAUUAUUUAUUUAUUUUGACUUAUUUACAUUUACAAGUUUAUGAAUCGAAUAUUAUCAAACUAUAUGAUUUUCAAAUCACAAUUCUUGUUUAGGAGUUCAAUUCGGUUUUCUUAAAAUAGAAUACGUGAAAUACUAGUUUCUAAGACAAGGUUUUGGAAUGAAUUAAGAUUUAUGAAAGAAUUCUAUGGAGAUCUAGCUCAUGUUAAGUGAAAGUUUAUUGAUUCAUGUACUUUUAUGUUGAGGUAAGUGAUUGAAGAACGAUCAAGGUGAAUAAAAGUAUGGGGUUAUGCGGAGAGCCGUGACCAAGUGUGUAGCUUUGGAGUUUAUAUAUUCGGUGAUUCAAGAGUUAAAAUAUUUUGCAGGUAGCGAGAAUCGAGUUUCAGUUCAGGUUCAAGGUGCGUAGAGUCCUCUGGAUGUCUUAUAUGUUCCAAGGCGGGUUAUGGAUUCUCCAAGUAUAUUUAAGUCUUUCCCAAUUUGUUGAUGGAUUGUAUUAUUCCUUUCUAGAGAUUUUUGGUUUAUUAUUUAUGGAUUAUAUAUCCCUGUUGGGUUUGGUGACACCGUGGUGAUGUCUUGGGAAAUGUUGUAUGUUGGAAUGUUGUAAUUGAAGCAGGUGAAAGAAAAUCUGACGUAACUUCCUAAACAAUAUUUUUAGGUUGUCCAUAUUUAGGGGAAGUGCUGCCGAAAUUUCUAAUAAUUAAUUAAGUUUAAUUAAGACUUAAUCUGUGAUUAAAUCUUUGAAGUUGGUUGAAGAGUUAAAGUUUGUUAGCAGGGUUUAAAGUUGUAAUUUCAUUUAGUUUAUUUAAAUUAAGACUAAGUGUGUUUAGAAAGCAACUCGUGAAGGGCGGACUGUUACAAAAAUGAUUGGGAUUGUGUACCUUUUACAAUAAAUGCGAUCCAUAUAUAUAGGAACGGGUCGGGUGUACGGAUAAUUCAGGGCCUACCUUCGAGAUAGCGACCCAUUGACUUUACCGACAGAAGACUUGUUGCUGCUAUCGGCCAUAAGAUAGAGUUGGUAAGGAGAGUGCAGAGCCGGUAGCGGCUUUUACUCUUCUUUACCCCAUACGGGUGAGGGUGCUAUCUGCUAGCUGGUAGCACACCCGUACAACUAGCCCCCUCAGAGUGAGCGUUGUUAUUCUUGAAUCACUACGCUUGCUCUGAUUUUAGAAAAACCGGUUCCACACUUACUAGCCCCCCAAAACUGUAUGGCCUGACAACUGGCAUUGGGAGUGGGCGUUGUGGACUAAUUUUUUGACUAGCCCUCUCCAGAAUUGUCUGACUUCCAUUGUCAGCGGCACGGCCUACAGAUUUUGCGAAUUGGUGUCGACCUGCUUGAUUUGCAUGUUUACUAGCCCCCUUGCUUUUCUUGCAGACUAGCCCCCUUGCUUUUACUGCUGAAUAGCCCCCUUGCUUUUACUGCUGACUAGCCCCCUUGCUUUUACUGCAAACUAGCCCCCUUGCUCUUACUGCAGACUAGCCCCCUUGCUCUUUGUUUGGUUAACUUUCAAACGGAAGUUUUUUGCCUAAAUUAAAAAUUCUCAAUAAAAAGGGGUUUUAAAUUUUAAUUUUUUUACCGCUCAAAGGUCUCCACGUGGCUUUCCUUGAAUUCUUAACAUGACACGUGUUGCACUAUCAUUUUAUUUCAACGGUUGAUGAUGAACCGUCGUUUGAACUUCUGCAACUGUCACACAUCAACAGACUUCUAGGCUUCCUUUUUUACUACUUAUACUCUCCCUUCCUCCUAAUCUUAUUUUCUUUCGUCUUCUCUUUCUUGCAAACUAUCACUGCGUUUUCGUCUUGCCUUGCGAUAACAAUCGUAUGCUCUCUCAUUUGCUCUUACCGUGCGAUUUUAUUGUUGUGGUACUCCUUUUCAGUCGUUGUUGUGAAUUGCUGGUUGUAUUGAAGGUAUAUUCCUGUUUUUCUUCUGUUUUCUCCCCUCGCUUUUUAGUUUUUUCUUAGUAUUAUGUCGAGUGAGGUAGAUAGUGAAAACCUGCUGAGUGGGGAAGGGUAUGAUGAUGUCGGUAAUGCUUCCCCAUCAUUGGAUGUGAAUAUUAUGGACGAGGAUGAGCCGGGAUCCUCUGAUCACUUUGAGCCAUCGUACAGAGAUGCGGCGUUUGAAUUGCGGGCUCGCAUGAGAAAUCAGGUACGAGCCGAUACACGUCGUGAUUUAAACUUUCUUAGUAACUGUUUUGGGAAAAUUCGACUUAGAGAUGAGCUUGCCUUGAUGAAGGUGCUAACAAUCGAUCGAGCUAGAUAAUUGAGAAUGGUGAGAGCCAGUUGUAAUAGCAUAAGAUAAUCGUAGGUUUAUUGCUUGGAAAUCAUGUAUGUAAAACAGACAAGACUAAGCCAUUUUAUAGGCAUUUACAACAAGAGUGUAAUGUUCACACUUAAUUGCCUAUAAUUUGAUAAUAAAUGCGUAAUGAAGGCCGACUUCAUCAAAGGUUUGUAACGGCUGCUUCACUCUCAACCGUUGGGAGUAAGUUCGAACGGUGCCAUUAUGCGCCUUGCUGGCAGCCACGCACACAAUGUUUGCCACGUAUGCCCAUGUCACCAAGAGGGUAUUUUCCCCCCUAACAAUUGUCCCCAAACCCAUUUUGAAUUUAUUCCGGGAAGUUCAAAAAGGAAAAAUGGGUUUCACAGAAGGAAAAUGGAAACCGCCUCUUAACCUCCCCAACGCUGACGGCGUUAGAGUCAUGAUGACUUUUGCCUUGGAGAAGCCAACCGUCCAUCUGCGCCAAUAAAUAGGACUGCGCUUCCAACCAUCCGCAAUCACUUCUGCAAUCUCUCUCUUCUCUUUCCCAGAAAAAACGAUCGGCGCUAUUUCCCUCUCCUUCUUUCAGGUAACUGCUCGUCUUCCAUCUUCUUCUUUCCUUCUUUCUUUCAUCGAUUUUUUCUAUGUCGCAACGAAUGGGAAAGAAAUCCACCCGCGCGAAGAACAAGAGAGUGGUGGUGGCGUGCGAUCUGGUUGAGGGGCCAAUUUUCAGCCCUACCCACAUUCUGGACAGAAAGAAUGUUCGGCCGGCCACUUGGGGGAAGCAGGAUGUGGAGGCGCUCAGGGAGGAGUGUGGUUUUCCUCCGUCGGCGGUAAUUCGUUUGCCGCAGCCCGACGAACGGGCCGAUUGGGUAUCGGACGGCUGGGUGUGCUUCUAUGAGUAUCCCUUCAGAAUUGGGUAUACCAAUCCCUUCUCGCCACUGGUGCAAGGAGUUCUAAGGGCACUGGCGGUGCCGCCGGCGCAACUAAUGCCGCAGGUCUGGAGGGUGAUGCACUUGGUCGACCAUCUGGCCGGCAAACUGGACAUGGAGUUCCGGGUUGAGGACCUUGUGUACACCUACAAGGUCCAAAAUUAUGGGACUGGUAGGUACUUGCUGCAUGUCAAGGACGACAGGGAGGCUCUUCUUGGUGCGGACAAGUCGAACGACCGCGGGUGGAUGGGUCGGUUCUUUUUUGUGGAGUUGGCUAGUUUAGGGCCCGACUCCGACUUCUUGACGGGGGAGUGAAUGGCUAGAGGUAUUUUGUUUGUUUUUUGGUAUUUUUUGGGCUUGUUGAUUUGACUUUGUGUCACUUUUGUGUUUUUGUAGGUGCAUCUUUCGACACAGUUGGUGUCGGUGCCGAAGCCAUAUAAAAGACUGCUAUGCUAUUGGGGGUCCCUCUAAAGGACAGAGCUUUCAUCGGCCUCAAGUUCGAACGCGAAGAGCCUCCUCAAGAAGAAGAAGUUUCUGAACUUGUGAACAUGUCGACAUCAACAGGUACUGGCCCGUCGACACGCUCUGGCAAGGCCCCAUCUGCGGAUGCAUUGCUGAGGAAGAGGCUGGAGUCACUGGGAAGUGUGUCUCGAGCCAAACCCAUCACUGUGUUGUCACCACAGAGGCCGCCAAAGGCUUCAACUGACGCCACGGUGACGGGGGAGACCAGCUCGCUUCUGCCUGCUGAGAAAAAGCUGUCGCCUCCAUCUCGGAAGAGGAAGCUUGCAGUGGAGUUCCCUGACGACUACGGGUCGGCAGAUGCGCCACGGGUUCAGCUUUGGCCUGAAGUCGAACACCUCUGGAUGCCGUCAAGCUGGGAGCGCCAGGAAUCUUUGUCCCCAGUAGCUGCAACUGUCGAGAGCGUCUCGGAUGCAUGGAGGGCCCUGCAAUCUGCUCUAGCCACACGUCAUCAUGUCAUCAUGUUAGAAAAUCAAAUAGUAAAACUGAAAAAUGACAUGAAGAAGGCAAAGCAGGAAACCGGUCGUCUUGGUGGUGUGGCCAAGGAGGCCAUGGCAAGAGCUGAGGCGCUGCAGGUGAGUCAAGAGAAGGGGGCUGCUGAGGUCGCAUAGUUGAACGCUGGGAAGGAGACGCUGGUUGCUGAGGUCGACGAGCUGAAGACGUCUCUCUACAAAGUUAAGGCGAGGAUUUACGAGUGUGCUGGUUACUACACUUGGAAAAUGAAGGCCGAGAUGAUGGAGGAGUUCAAGGCG